ACCCAACCAGCGCCAGAGAAGGGAACGAAGAAGAAGAAGAAGAAGAAGAGGAAGAGGAAUCUUCAUCGUCAUCAUCAAUGGCUUCCGCCACAGCAACGGCGUCGCCUUGCCAUCUAUCAUCGCCAGUAGUCUCUCGCUCUCUAUCUCGUCUCUCUCCAUUUCACCUCUCCGUCUCAUCCUCCGUUCAUCCGCCAUGCCGUGGAAAGAGAAGGUACGGCGGUGCUACUGAAGUCCGGUGCGCGGCGGUCGGAGCAGCGAAAGAGGCGGAAACGAAAAGGAAAGGCACGUUUCAGAUCGAGACGUUGACGAAUUGGUUGCUGAAGCAGGAGCAAGCGGGAGUGAUCGACGCGGAACUGACGAUUGUGCUUUCGAGCAUUUCUAUGGCGUGUAAGCAAAUAGCUUCGCUGGUGCAGAGAGCGAGUAUUUCGAACUUGACUGGAGUUCAGGGAGCCGUCAAUGUUCAGGGAGAGGACCAGAAAAAGCUCGACGUUGUCUCUAAUGAGGUGUUCUCCAAUUGCUUGAGAUCAAGCGGGCGAACAGGGAUUAUAGCAUCAGAGGAAGAAGAUGUGCCAGUGGCCGUAGAAGAGAGCUACUCCGGCAACUAUAUCGUCGUAUUUGAUCCACUCGAUGGCUCCUCCAACAUCGAUGCCGCCGUCUCCACCGGUUCCAUUUUCGGCAUCUACAGCCCCAACGACGAGUGCUUCGCUGACAUCGGCGACGAGUCCACUCUCGGCACAACAGAACAGAGGUGCGUUGUGAAUGUGUGUCAGCCAGGAAGCAACCUGCUCGCCGCUGGCUAUUGCAUGUACUCAAGCUCCGUAAUCUUCGUGCUCACCAUUGGACAAGGCGUUUUUGCCUUUACCUUAGACCCCAUGUAUGGAGAAUUUGUGCUAACACAGGAGGACAUCAAAAUUCCCAAGGCGGGGAAGAUUUAUGCCUUUAAUGAGGGGAAUUAUCAGUUGUGGGAUGACAAGUUGAAGAAGUACAUCGAUGAUUUGAAAGAUCCAGGCCCCAGUGGGAAGCCAUAUUCUGCUAGAUAUAUUGGUAGUUUGGUCGGUGAUUUCCAUAGAACCCUGCUUUAUGGUGGCAUUUAUGGGUAUCCUAGAGACAAGAAGAGCAAGAACGGGAAGCUGAGGCUCUUGUAUGAGUGUGCACCAAUGAGCUUUAUAGUGGAACAAGCUGGGGGCAAAGGCUCUGAUGGCCAUCAGAGAAUUCUCGACAUACAACCAACAGAGAUUCAUCAACGUGUGCCUCUGUAUAUUGGGAGCGUGGACGAAGUGGAGAAGGUGGAGAAGUAUUUAGCUUGAAUGAGGGUUUUGGUUGAUUGGAGAUGAAGAAAAAAGGUAUAUUAGUUUUAUUCUGUUCUUGUAAAGUUGAUUUCAAUACUGAAUAAAUACUUCUGGCUUGUGCACUUAAAUUUGCUUCCACAUGAAAAGCCUAAUCCAUGUCCAAACAACAGCAUUACUUCAUCUGUUUGUGCUGUGGGAAUAGAAAGGGUCUAGAAAA